AUGGCCCAGCGCGACGCGGGGACCGCCCCCGGCCUCUGCCUGCUGCUGCUGCUGCUCCGCAGCCAGGGGCUCGGCCCCGCCGCCGCGCAGCCCCCGCCGCCUCAGCGCGGGAGCGUGUGGUGCCCCAGCCGCUGCCUUUGCUUCCGCACCACCGUGCGCUGCAUGCAUCUGAUGCUGGAGAGCGUCCCCGCCGUGUCCCCCCAGACCACCAUCCUAGACCUAAGAUUUAAUAGGAUUAAAGAAAUCCAGCCUGGAGAGUUUAGGCGGCUUAAAAACCUGAACACACUGCUUCUAAACAACAAUCAAAUCAAAAGAAUACCUAGUGGGGCAUUUGAAGACCUUGAAAAUCUGAAAUAUCUCUAUUUGUACAAGAAUGAAAUCCAGUCAAUUGACAGGCAAGCAUUUAAAGGACUUGCCUCUCUAGAACAACUGUAUCUGCACUUUAAUCAAAUAGAAACAUUGGAACCUGAAUCCUUUACCCAUCUUCCAAAACUUGAAAGGCUAUUUUUGCAUAACAACAGAAUAGCUCAUUUGAUUCCUGGAACAUUUAGUGACUUAGAAUCUAUGAAGAGAUUGCGGUUGGAUUCUAACGCUCUUCACUGUGACUGUGAAAUCCUGUGGCUGGCAGAGCUGCUGAAGACGUACGCAGAGUCGGGUAAUGCUCAAGCAGCAGCUACCUGUGAGUAUCCGCGAAGGAUCCAGGGAAGAUCAGUGGCCACGAUAACACCAGAAGAACUUAACUGUGAGAGGCCAAGGAUUACAUCAGAGCCUCAGGAUGUGGACGUUACCUCAGGGAAUACAGUGUACUUCACUUGCAGAGCUGAAGGCAAUCCUAAACCAGAAAUUAUCUGGCUUCGAAACAAUAAUGAACUUAGUAUGAAAGAAGAUUCCCGUCUAAACUUGCUAGAUGAUGGCACAUUAAUGAUUCAGAAUACUCAAGAAACAGACCAAGGCAUUUACCAGUGCAUGGCAAAAAAUGUGGCAGGAGAAGUGAAAACUCAGGAAGUUACUCUUAGAUACUUUGAGUCACCAGCCCGGCCGAGUUUUGUGAUUCACCCGCAAAAUACUGAAGUACUAGUUGGAGAGAGUGUAACCUUGGAGUGUAGUGCAACUGGGCACCCUCAGCCACGAAUUACCUGGACCAAAGGGGACAGAACCCCUUUACCAAGUGACCCUCGUGUCACAAUAACUCCAUCAGGAGGUCUUUACAUACAGAAUGUGAAGCAGGAGGACAGUGGCGAGUAUACCUGUUUUGCAACUAACAGCAUAGAUAAUAUCCAUGCAACUGCAUACAUCAUAGUCCAAGCUCUACCUCAGUUUACUGUCACUCCUCAAGACAAAACAGUGAUCGAGGGACAAACUGUUGACUUUCCUUGUGAAGCACAAGGCUAUCCUCAGCCUGUUAUUGCCUGGACUAAAGGGGGAGGCCAAUUGUCUGUUGACAGAAGACACUUAGUUCUUUCCUCUGGAACCCUGAGGAUUUCCAGAAUUGCUCUGCAUGACCAGGGACAGUAUGAAUGCCAAGCUGUCAACAUUAUCGGAUCUCAGCGAAUUGUUGUAUACCUGACCGUACAGCCUAGAGUGACUCCUGUAUUUGCCAGCGUUCCCAGCGACAUGACGGUGGAGGUUGGCACAAACGUACAGAUCCCAUGCAGUGCUCAAGGAGAGCCAGAGCCUGUAAUUACAUGGAACAAGGAUGGAGUACAGGUAACUGAAAGUGGAAAAUUUCAUGUGAGUCCAGAGGGAUUUCUUACCAUUCGGGAUGUUGGAACAGCUGAUGAAGGUCGAUACGAAUGUGUUGCCCGGAACACCAUAGGAUACUCCUCUGUUAGUAUGGUGCUUAGUGUUAAUGUCCCUAAUGUCAGCCGAAAUGGAGAUCCUUUUGUACAAACGUCAAUCGUGGAGGCAAUUGCAACUGUUGACAGAGCAAUAAAUUCAACACGUACACAUCUGUUUGACAGUCGUCCUCGUUCUCCAAAUGAUUUGCUAGCCUUAUUUCGAUACCCAAGGGAUCCAUACACUGUUGAACAAGCAAGAGCUGGGGAAAUAUUUGAAAGGACAUUACAGCUUAUUCAAGAUCAUGUACAAGAUGGUCUAAUGGUUGACCUGAAUGGAACAAGUUAUCACUAUAAUGACCUUGUAUCCCCGCAGUACUUGAACCUGAUAGCUAAUCUCUCAGGCUGUACAGCCCAUCGACGAGUGAAUAACUGCUCAGAUAUGUGCUUCCACCAGAAGUACAGAACACACGAUGGAACAUGCAACAACCUUCAGCAUCCCAUGUGGGGAGCUUCUCUGACAGCCUUUGAACGUCUGUUAAAGUCUGUCUAUGAAAAUGGAUUUAAUUUGCCCCGGGGAAUUGAACCCAAGAGGCUCUCUAAUGGCUACGCUCUCCCGAUGCCCCGCUUGGUUUCAACUACUCUGAUCGGAACGGAAACAAUAACUCCUGAUGACCAAUACACUCACAUGCUCAUGCAGUGGGGUCAGUUUCUUGACCAUGACCUUGACCUCACUGUAGCUGCCCUAAGCGAGGCCAGGUUUUCAGAUGGUCAGCAUUGCAGUUCGGUUUGUACAAAUGAUCCUCCAUGCUUUUCGAUCAUGAUACCGCCAAAUGAUCCCAGAGUUCGGAACGGUGCACGCUGCAUGUUUUUUGUACGCUCCAGUCCAGUUUGUGGAAGUGGCAUGACGUCUCUCCUGAUGAAUUCUGUCUACCCACGGGAACAGAUCAACCAGUUGACUUCAUACAUUGAUGCGUCCAACGUGUAUGGCAGUUCAGACCAUGAAGCACUAGAGAUCAGAGACUUGGCAAGUCAAAGGGGUCUUCUGAGACAGGGCAUUGUACAGCGAUCCGGCAAACCUCUUCUUCCCUUUGCUACUGGCCCACCAACAGAAUGUAUGAGAGAUGAAAAUGAGAGCCCCAUUCCCUGCUUUUUAGCUGGUGAUCAGCGUUCUAAUGAACAGCUGGGUCUCACCAGCAUCCAUACGCUGUGGUUUAGAGAACACAACAGAAUUGCCACAGAGCUACUGAAUCUCAAUCCUCACUGGGAUGGUGACACAAUAUAUCACGAAACACGCAAAAUUGUUGGUGCAGAAAUGCAACACAUAACAUUUAGCCACUGGCUACCUAAGAUCUUUGGAGAGGUAGGCAUGAAGAUGCUUGGCGAAUAUAAGGGUUAUGAUCCCAGUGUUAAUUCUGGCAUAACUAAUGAGUUUGCAACUGCCGCUUUUAGGUUUGGUCACACACUCAUUAAUCCUUUUCUGUAUCGACUGGAUGAAAACUUUGAACCUAUUCCACAAGGCCAUCUACCUCUUCAUAAGGCAUUCUUCUCUCCAUUUCGGAUUGUAAAUGAAGGCGGCAUUGACCCACUUCUAAGGGGAUUGUUUGGUGUUGCUGGUAAGAUGCGUGUCCCGUCACAAUUACUCAAUACAGAAUUAACAGAAAGACUCUUCUCCAUGGCACGUACUGUGGCUUUAGAUCUGGCAGCUAUGAAUAUUCAGAGAGGCAGAGAUCAUGGAAUUCCUCCCUACCAUGAUUUUAGAGUUUACUGUAAUCUUUCUUCAGCUCAGACUUUUGAAGAUCUGAAAAAUGAAAUUAAGAAUCCUGAAAUCAGGGAGAAACUUAGAAGGUUGUAUGGUUCCCCACUGAACAUAGACCUUUUUCCUGCUCUCAUGGUAGAAGACUUAGUUCCAGGGAGCCGACUGGGGCCAACUUUGAUGUGUCUGUUAAGCACACAGUUUAGGCGUAUUCGGGAUGGAGACAGGUUAUGGUAUGAGAACCCAGGUGUGUUCACACCUGCUCAGCUCACUCAGAUCAAGCAGACAUCUCUUGCUAGAGUUUUGUGUGACAAUGGUGACAACAUAACCAGAGUACAGCAUGACGUCUUUAAAGUGGCUGAAUUUCCCCAUGGGUAUAGUAGCUGUGAAGAUAUUCCAAAACUGGACCUCAGGAUGUGGCAAGACUGCUGUGAAGACUGUAGAACUAGAGGACAAUUCAAUGCUUUUUCAUAUCACUUCCGGGGUAGACGUUCUCUUGAUUACAGCUUUCAGGAGGACAAGCCAAUGAAGAAAAUGAAAAUGUCCAAAGCAGUAAGUUCUGUGAAACAGAGUAAAUAUUUUCGUAAUGCCACGUCAGCAGCUAAUGAAAAUCAAAACGUACCAGCAGUGAAUGACUUCAAAGAAUUUGUUUUGGAAAUGCAAAAAACUAUUUCAAGCCUCAGAAACCAGAUAAAAAAACUUGAAUCACGCCUCAGUAAAACUGAUUGCACUGAUGAAGAAGGUAAAUCGUAUUCCAGCAAUGAAACCUGGAAAAGGGACCCUUGUACUGUGUGUGAAUGCAAAGCUGGUCAGGUUACUUGUUUUGUGGAAUCCUGCCUGCCGGCUGACUGCGAAACACCUGUGAAGGUUGAAGGAGAUUGCUGUCCAGUCUGCUUAAAACAAAACGUUAUUAAAAAGAAGCCAUAAGUCUGCUUUUUAAGAAUUUAGGGUGCAUACUCCUCAGUAGGCCUAUCAAUGCCUACUGAUGGCAAAAACAGGUAACUCCAGUCUUAACAGCAGCAAGAAAUCACGAUUUACAAUAUUCUAAUGGUGCUGUAGCAGUAUAACAUAAUGUAUUGUUUUAUUCUCUGCCCAUGAAGGUAAUCACAAUGCAAAAAUUAACAAAAGGGAAAUUAGCAAACAGGUCAAAGUUAGUUGUGUGUUAAACUUCUCAGGUUAGACAAACUCAGAACUGGUGCUACUUUAAAAGAACACUGUCAAGUAGUUUUAGGUACCCAAAAUGACUGGGCUUUUAAGCCUUACUUAAAAUGAACACUUUGUUUCCUCUCUUUAAUUAGCAACAUUGAGAGUUUACUGUCCCUUUUCAUAUCAGUCUGACUUGAUAUUUAGCUCUUUGUUAUUUAGUAAAUGCAGGGAAAAGGUGAAUGCAAGGUCACUGUGCCCACAGCAAUGCCAUAGAGGGCCAGUUUCUAUGAACACAUUAAAGUUCUGUUGAACUAUCAUUUCUGCACCUGGACCAGCAAGGAAAUCAGGAGAACUACAUUACAACUUUCAACAUCCUUUCAUUAAUUCAAAGAGCAAAAUUAAUCAAAGUUUUCAAACCAAAGAAGUAAGGAAACUUACAAUUUAGUAAAGAAAUAGAAAUAAAUGGAAUUGGAAAAUAUGAAAAGCAACUGAAUGUCUAUUACAGGUAUAAUUGACAGUGUUCCUCAUUCUAGGAAAACAUACAGGACAGAGUAGAAUUUCAUCUUAAAAUUAACAUCACAUUUGUCAAAACAAAUGUAAUUGCUUGGCAACCUUUUUUGUUGUUAUUGUCGAUUUAUCUUUAAUCAUUGUGACAUGACUAUCCAGUCCAGUUUCUAUCCAGUCCAAUUUCCAUCCAGUCCAGUUUUAUAGCAUGCUUCUCUUGAGCACAGAUCAGCUCAAAUAUUUGUAUGGCCCUGUUUUGAAAAUGGGAAAAGAUGUCACAUGCCAUUUUGUAUACAACAAUUCCUACUGAUUCCUUGUGCAUAUUGUCCAUGCACAUAUGUUCCUGAUUAUAUUGUGGCACUGUUUGUUGGGGGAAAAUAAAAAACCAACAACCAAAAAAACAAUCAAAAUCAAGCAUCAUGAUUAAUUGUGGGUUGACUACUUUUUCUGACAAGGUAUUUGAUUUUUUUAAUAUUUUUCCAGUUUCAUCCAAUGCGUAUAUAU